AUGGGGUUCCCGGGUAGAUGGUGCUCAUGGAUAAAAGGAAUCUUAGAGUCGGCGAGAUCCUCAGUAUUGGAUAAUGGGUCAUCGACCUUUGAAUUUCAGUGUCAAAAAGGUUUGCGUCAGGGGGAUCCCAUCUCGCCGUUCCUAUUUAUCAUGGUGGUGGAGAUGCUUUCUUGCAUGAUUGACAAAGCGAUAAGCGUUGACGCUUUGUCGGGCAUCCAAAUUUCUAAUGGGAUGUGUGUUUCUCACUUGUUGUAUGUAGACAAUGCUAUUAUACUUGGGGAAUUGUUUCCUUCUAAUAUUAGGAAUGUGUCGAAUAUUUAUGCUAUCGGUGUACAACUGGGUGAGUUAAACAAUAUGGUUGCGGCGGUUGGAUGUCAAGUGGGUAUUUUUCCCUUCAAGUAUCUUGGUCUUAUGGUGGGGGCUAACAUGAAUCAGGCGCCAGUUCAAGUGAUCAAGGAUUUGGAAGUGAAAAUGAGGAAUUUCCUGUGGGGUGGAGACGAUUGGGUAAAAAAGCUUUAUUGGGUCGCUUGGGAUCGUGUGUCUCUCCCUAAAAAGAACGAUGGGCUCGGUUUAAGUUCAAUUAAAUCAGAAAAGGAUGAGUGGGAGUGGAUUGGUGCAGCAGAUAAAGACUUUAGCACGAAGGCGGUUAAGAAGCUUCUCGAUAAUAGCAGGAUCAGAUCGGACGUGUAUGUUCCGGAGGGAGGUAACUCGAUUCUGAGUAAAUGCAAUAUCUUCGUAUGGAGAGAGAAAAUGGGCAAGAUUGCUACAAUGGACGCGUUAAAAAAGAGAAACAUUGGGGACAGUAACACGAUAUGUGGCCUAUGCGAAGAAGGUGAGGAGAGUGUUGAUCAUUUGUUCACUUCCUGCUAUUUUGCUUCUAUGUUAUGGUCUUUUAUCAGUAGUUGGUGCAAGUCUCAGAAUAUAGUGGUGUUCUCGUUUAAAGACUUAAUUGAAGUUCAUAAUCAUUUUGGCUUGAAUAGGCAGAAGAUAGAGGCUAUAAAUGGCCUGAUUAGGACUGGUUGUUGGGUUAUUUGGAGAUCGAGAAAUGAAGCUAGGUUCAGGAAUAAACCGGUCAAAUUGGAGGGUAUUAUUAGUGAGGUUAAAAACCUUGGUUUUUGUGGUAUACGUCUAGAAAUAAUGGAACGUCUAUUUCUUGGAGAGAUUGGUGUAAAUUUGUAA